CGUCAGUCAGUUAAAGUCGAAACGGUCGAAACUUACUCCGCGCAUAUCAUCAGUUCAGUGUUUAAAAUUCCACUUGUAUUUUGUUUUCAUCUCCAUAGUAACCAUAGUAGAAAACCUUUCAAUGUGAAUUGAAUUUGAUAACAGCAACCUGAUCAUGUUCAACGGAAUUGGCUUUUCGUCAGUGUUUAAAAUUGAAGAAAAACCGAUUCUUCGACCGUGCCUAUCGGAGAGCAAACGUGAAGAAAUCCAACGAUUUAAAGCCAAGGCUCUGGCGAUUGAACGACGUUUGGCUGAGAAAAAUAAAAACCUAACGGACGACGUAGCGAAACACACAAACAUUGAAGAAGAUCGAACGGAGGAAAAUACUCGGUAUUGUGUGGAAGACAUUGAAAGCUGUUCCGGUCAAUCGGAGAAUCCCACCGACCUUGAUAAUGAAAAUUUUGUAACAUCCAUUUCCGACUGGGAAAUUUCGUCGAUUCGCGGGUUCGAUUACGAUAACUCGGCUGCUACUGAAACCGUCGACUGUUCGGAGAAUGUCAAUGACCAGCAAGGUCCGGCCGAUCAGUCGAAUGAGAAUGAGAAUACGGUUGUGCCAAAAUUGAUUCGCUCAGAUUCGUUCAUUGUUGACGAGCCGAGUGAGUGCUUCUUGAAACAGUUGGAAUGCAGUGGUAUACCCAUGGUUGUAGUUCCAUCCAAUUUACCGACGCUUGAUGUUGAUGCACCGACCGGAACGGAAUUAAGACACUUCAAUCAAACAAAAGUGUUUGCCAAGCCGGUAGAAAAACGGAGACCCGAGACGAAGAAAAAUGCGACUCCAAAAACGAAAAAAUGUCCACUGAAACCAUUCCCAUUCAGGAAGGCCCGGAUUCCAUCCGACAACAUUUCCAAUCUACCAGACAAACUGAUCCGAAAAUGUCAGAAUAAUACCAUUGGCGCGGUUGAUAUUCGCAGAGAACGGCCACAAAAAGGCGUAGCCAAACAAUCGUCGGCUGUAAGCAAUUCAGCACGCAAGGUACCUACCUCAUCGAUGGAAUCGUCACUCGCAGAAACGGAUACCGUCAAUUAUGAAUGCUGCACCAACGAUACGAGUUCUGUAGAUGUUCGGGUUGCACAAAUCGUUGCUAACAUUGAAGAGAAAUUUCGCAACGAAAUCGUCUCAUUUUUGGACAAGCAAAAACGGGAACAGGAUGACUUUCUCAGGAAGCUUAUGUCGGAAGUGAAAGUGAAACAAGAUGCCUUCCAGUGCAAUCUUUUCAUGCAAAUAAAAGAAUUGAUUGGUGAUGGUGUGUCAACGUUGCUCAAGAAUCAGGAUAAUAUCACGGUGCUAGACAGUACGACUCAUCUGAUGAAUGAUGUCAACGGAAAUGUGUCCCUGCUCGAAAUCAAUGACAACGAUGACCGGCAAAACAAGGAAAUUCGAGCCGCUACAAAGAUAAAUGCAUUCGUCAGGGGAUACCUAACUCGACGGUUAUUCAAAACCGAACAGGUGCAGAAAGUUAUCAAGACCAUCCGUGAUAGUUUAUAUUUGGUCAUUGACCUUCACUUCGAGCACACCGAUGUUGAAAGUGUGGCUGACAUUCAAAUGAAGCACAAUCUUCUGCAGCAGUUGGAAUCGAAUCGUUACAAUUUAUCGCACAUAUUCGUAACGAAAACCCCAGCUGAACAAAUGGCAAUAAUAGCUUGCGAUCGACAAAUUAUGAUUAAUCGUCUGGUCAAGAGUAAUUCGACGAAUAGGAUUAAGGAGCCGCUGACGAACCGUCCACGUUCAACGAGUGUAGAGGAUAAGUUGAAGAAAUUGAAGCCAAUCAAAUUGUAAGUGGGAGAGAAUUGCUCAAAAUAUGAAUAAUGUGCCUUUGUUGCCAGUGCCAGGUGAUUGUAGUUGUAGCCUUGAUUGGCCAUUUUUAAUGUAGAGAAUUUUUAUAGUUUGCUUAAGAUUAAGAGUCCAUUUGAGCAAUCGAAAUCAAAUUUUAGAUUCACCGACUGUAUUUCCGC